CCGCCUCCUCUCCCCUCCCGCGCGCCUCCUCUCCCCUCCCCUCCCGCCUCCUCUCCUCCCACCCACAUCGCCGCCGCCGCCACCCACCGCCUCGAACCGCGCCGGAGCAGCAGCAGCAGGCCAAGGCGGCGCAGCAGCAGGCCUUGGGCGACGAGCAGCAGCGGAGGGAGGACGAGGAGCACGACGGCGGUGGCGGCGGGGAGCGGCAGCAGCAGGCCAAGGCGGCGCUGCCCUUCUCCGCCAUGUGCGUGCGGAUCUCCCGCGACUCCUACCCCAACCUCCACGCCCUCCACAACGCCUCCAACGACAGCCUCACUGACGCUGCCUACGUCAAGAUCUCCGAGGGCGACUUUGGAUACGUCCUCGACGACGUGCCCCACCUCCCCGACUACCUCCCCACUUACCCGAACCCAUUACAAGACCAACCAGCAUAUUCAACUUCAAGCAAUAUUUUGUCAAUGAAGAUGACACCGUACCACAAAAGGUUGUUGUUCAAAAGAAUAGCCGCCGGGGGUUCACUUCCGUCGUGCUGGACCCCGUCAGAGGGUUAAUUUUGAGUCAGAUGAAGUGAAAUCAUGCAUUAUAAAUUGUGGAGGCCUUUGCCCUGGGCUCAACACUGUUAUCAGGGAGCUGGUGUAUGGCUUGGCGCACAUGUACAAUGUCAACAACAUCUAUGGAAUACUGGUUAAUUAAUCCUACAUUUCAGUACCAACCAACAUAUGUUCCUUCUUGAGCUCUCAACCCUGGGGUACACCUCCCGGUCAAGGCGCACCUCUUGUCUCACCGAUGAUGCAGCCUGGGCAUCACUCGCUCUCAGCUAGCUAUGUAAGUACUGCAGGGACUCUGCUGCAUUUCAAUCACUUGAUGUUUCUCUACCAUGGAGUAGAGUUUAAGACCGCUCCGCAUGAUUUGAUGAUAUUCCUUUUUGAGCAUCGGCUCUGGUGCAUUCUUACUCACCACCGGGUACUUUGAAGCUAAUAAUGUUCCAGAUUGGUGGCAUUCUGUUUCAAAGCAUGCUGGUUCGGUUUUGCAGCAGUUUUGACUUAAAUAGUGGUUCGGUUUUGCCUUCAAUAGUGGUUCUGCAACUAAUUAUUUGUUGAUCUAUUGGUUUGA